UAGAGGCGGAACUGUUCAGUGUAGCGGUGAAUGGGUACAGCUCAAUUUACCUCGUAGUAUCUCACACUGACAUGUACUGUCAACGUUAGCUGCGGUGUAUUUGUUCACGCGGACCAGGCAGUGUAGAAAUAGUAUUCGUGUGUUCCGUCACGGUAGUUUAAAAAGUAAGAGAAAUGGUAAGUGACUGCUUCUCUUCCGCUUAAAAAGGGGCAGGAGCUACGUGCUAAGCUAAAGCUAGCAAGGUGUAUGAUUACAGGAAGUGUCCACCUGCGCUACCUUCACCUGGCUUCUGUCAGGAUAGCCUGCGAGCUAACAGGCCGUAUAUCAGCAUAAGAUGCGUUUCAUGCUGCUGUUCAGCCGGCAGGGGAAGCUGCGGCUGCAGAAGUGGUACACCGCCACAGCGGAGCGCGACAAGAAGAAGAUGGUCAGGGAGCUCAUGCAGAUGGUGCUCGCCCGUAAACCAAAAAUGUGCAGCUUUCUAGAAUGGAGGGACCUCAAGAUUGUCUAUAAAAGGUACGCUAGCCUGUAUUUCUGUUGUGCAAUUGAAGAGCAGGACAAUGAGCUGAUCACACUGGAAGUCAUCCACCGCUUCGUAGAGCUUCUGGAUAAGUACUUUGGCAGCGUGUGUGAGCUCGACAUCAUCUUUAACUUUGAGAAGGCAUACUUCAUUCUAGAUGAGUUCCUGAUGGGAGGAGAGAUCCAGGAUACGUCGAAGAAGAGCGUCCUCAAAGCUAUCGAACAGGCCGACCUACUGCAGGAGGAGGACGAGUCACCCAGGAGUGUGUUGGAGGAGAUGGGCUUGGCGUAGUACACAGCGGAGUUGUGAGAGACUACAGAUACUAAGGCCGAGGGCUGGAUGAGAAGUGGGGGGUGGGGGGGGGGGAUCAAUCUUGGAUGGAACAGGCUUGGACUGACGGUGUUUGGGUCUCUGGUUCUGGGGCCGACGUGCGGUGUUUCACUGGAAGAGACUCGGUUAAGAACGGAAGACAUGUUCACUGACAGGCCUUUCAGCUCUGUGUGUGUGUGUGUGUGUGUGUUUGUGUGUGUGAUCUGAGCGUGGGCUUGAGGACAUGGGAUUUUAACUUGUGUGUGGCAGCAGGGGGGGGUUAUGUGGUCAGAUUUGAAAGGGCUGAGAUUGAGUCCACCUUAUCAGAGAGUUAGAAUAAGAAUCUGCAAUCGAUACUGUCGUUAAAUCGCAGCGAGGCAGCUCCAAUGAAAAAAGAAGUAAACGGUCAGGUACUGAAUGUGGUACAGGGCGGGAUUUGGGUAAACACAAUAAGUGAGCGUCACUUAAAUGAUAAUUCUGAUGGUAUUUUUAUAUAUUUUGUAUUUUCAACUACUCAUGAAAAGACAAAACAAAAAAAUGUGUUGGUCCAUCUCGCAAUACUUUCUGGCGUAUAUAUGCUGUCUGGGACACUCAACUUAAAACCCAUUGGUUCCUACUAAAGCAUAACAUUUUAAGAAAAGCUUACAGAUGUAUAGUUUCAUAAAUUAAUGCUGGCUACUGUAGUUUUUAACAGACACUCUAACAGGAGAUUUACUUAAUUUAUUUAGUGCAACCAAGUAAAAACAAAUAUCUUUUACAGUACAGUAAAAUAUCAUAAAGUCUUUAUAUAAAGUCAUUCAUAAACAUAUAUAGGUAAGGAGAACUUAACAGUUACAUACCAGGAGUGAAUAGUGCAUCGAUUGGGGACUAUUUUCAGCUACGGAUUUAUCCACCUUUUCAGCGCCAGUGUUUAUUCCUUCAGUGAAAAUUAGCCCACUUUUUUUUUUCUAUUAGUAAUUAGUAAGUGCAGAGUGGGUAAGAAAACAGAAAUGUACUUUGUUUUCUGACUCCACUCUGUAAAUAUGAUCAGAGUUAUUUAAACUACACUUAAAGAAGUUCCUUAGAAUUUUCUCAAAAAGGCAUGUUUGCAUAGUUAAGAAUUCUUACCUAACACAACAGGCCCGGGGUGACACACUGCAUUGUGGGUUGUUAAUAAUGAACCAAAGACAUUUGAGAUUUUCAUCGCAGCCUAGAAUAACUUAGCCAUGCAUAUGUACUGAGUGGACUGAUGCACCAGACGAGAUGGAAAUGUCAAGUCUGUCUUAUGCAAUUUAACAAAGUGCAGCGGAGAAUCACAUCCCACUUAGUUUGACUAAAGAAAGCAGAAGGAAAGAUUCAGCAUUGAGUUGGAAUCAUUGUUCUGCUGGUACUAAAUGCUAGUUCCAAGGCAUGAGAAUACAUCGAAUUUUAGAGAAGUAUGUCAUACUGCUGUUACAAUGUUUUCUCAUUGUGAAUGUGGUUGUUACUGAGGCCGUGGAUCAGUUGGUAAUGUUAUUUAAGAUGAGUAACCGCUGCUAGAUUCAUAGUAAGGGAAAAGAGCAGGAUCUAAUAAAAGCUCUUUCUAUAACUUCUCAUUUCAUUUAAGCAAAGGGUAUUUCUUAAACAAUCGUGUGCCUAAAACCUUUUUUGAGUUCUUUAUUUAGUGGUGUAACAGUUCACCGUAGCUCUGGUUUUAUGUUUUGGUCCCGAGUUAAAGAAAAACACUGGAUCCUUUAUCAAGUGGAACGAUGUUUUUUUAAUAUCAAUUUGCCUUGACAGGAUUUGUGCAGAUUGGCUCGGUUUCAGACAAAUGAUUUAGUGUCUUUUGAAUAUUAAGGAAAAUAAUCUGUUACUUCGAUUUGAAUUGGCGAGGCACAAUAUUCUGUUGAUCUGAAACAUGCAACUCAAUCGGAGCUCUACUCCCCCAAUAACACACAAAGAGUGUACACAUGAACUGUUACACUGCUUCUAUUUGCUUAGCCAGUGUAGUGGUGUGAUCCUAUGUUAUGCAUGACAUGUUUACUUCAUAACAAGAAGUGGACAGGGAACUGAAUGUUAGCUGUAUACACUUCUUUGCAAUCAGAUUCUUUGUACAAAAGAGUUGAUUCACGAAAGAUUGAAAGAUAUCCAUUUCCACUCAGACUUUAGCUUUUUUGAAAUGAAUAUAUCUGGAAUAAGUCUUAGUGACCAUGCAGUAGGGUUCCUCUUUCAGUAGACCAGUUUGAACAUUAUUUAUACUGUGACGAUGUAAGGUUUCAGAAGAAAUAUUUCCUAUAAAAUAGAGCCGGGUGAUAGGCUAUCUUUAGAAAAAUGUGUGAUUAAUCAUUAGAUAUUUUUGGAAAAUAAUUCACAAGCUGUAUCAAAAUAUUAAAUCCAGAUUUCAGUGGUUGCCGCUUGCUAACGUUUAGUUUCUUUAGUUCAAUACUAUGUAAUCCUACAGAGGGAAAUCUUCCUUUUAUUGCCCCAAAAUAUAUGCAUGUUUUUCAUUAUACAGGGAUUCAUUUACACAACGUCCUCUCAGGAGUUCUGGACAAACCACCUCUAAUUGGAGAAUACAUUUUUCUUAGUUUAGUGCUCUUUUGUGAACUGGUUCAACCUGAUCUGUUUAUUUGUACAGAAAGAAUAAGUAAAUAGUGUACUGCAACUCAAUGUCCUCACAUGACGUUUGUGCGAGUGUUUGUCCUGGAAAACUAAGACAGGGUGGAGGUCAGGCUGCAGCACUGUUGUCUGUACACAGCAAGGACUAAUCCUUUGUUUUCCUCCACUGAACUCUGAAUGUUGGUCCGUUUUUUAAGAGUUAGGGCUCACUGUGUGAUCUGAUUGUUUGCUGUUGGCAUGUAGUGGAACAAAUGCAUCAAAAGGGCACACGGGGAGGAGGUAAAACAUGCUGAAACUUCUGCAAGACAGAGAGAUUGUCUCAAAUGUAUGUAGUAGCAGAAUAUUUGACUUGUAUUCAAUUAUCUGACUCAUUUUAAAGGGGACAUAUCAUUUAAAAAAAUCAUGUUUAUUAUGUAUUUGGGUUUCUAUUAGACCAUGUUUACAUGCUUUAAUGUGAAAAAGACACAUACUUUUUUCAUACUCUUUGUCUGAAUAUACUUGUAUUCACCAUCUGUCUUAAAACACGCCGUUUCAGCGCCUGUCUCUUUAAGACCACAUCCCUAAAAAGUCUGCUUUAAUUGGCUUAGGAGAAAAACAAGAUGACUUGAUUCCCAUGUUUCCUUACCACCGUUUCUCAUCAAAUGCCACCUUUAACACUUGCCUUGUAAUGUCAUUUAAAUAAAAGAAUGGAAUUAUGGCCCUAAAGUUUUUAGUGUUAGCACUAUUUGUUGCCCGAUCAUAUCUUAAAGCCUAGCUCUACUGAAUGUCCACACUGUACGGCUGCGUCACACUGCCUGCCUCUGGUUUCUCUUGAGUAUCUUUGUAGUCAUGAUGCAAUAACAGCUCGUAAUGGUGAUGCACGAGUAAUGCUCAACCGCGCCUCCUCAACUCCAAACUUGGCUCAUUGCUGCAUGACGUGGCAGUGCUUUGUUAGUCUGUUUCACAAAGUUUUCAAAAUUAGACAUAGCUGUGUGAUUUUGCCUUUUAGAAAGUUCUGUAAAGCCUUUUUCUGAAACUUAAUUAUCCAUCCUCACAUUCUUUUGUACGUUUGAGCAUAUUUCUCUUCCUAAGAUUUCAUCAUUGACCUCUGCUUUCCCUCCAUUUUGAAAAGUGUGUUUCAUAAUGUUUUUCCAUCUCCAUUGUGUGAAAUUCUACUUAAUUACCCAGUUUGAUCUUUGUCUUUUUCAUAUGCUCAAUCGAUUUGGUGAUUUCCUUGUUCAUUCAUGUGAAAGACAAUAAGGUUUUGAAAUGUCUGUAAGGUUUUCUGGUUCCUUGGAGGAGGAGAAGAGGACAGUGUGUGGCUUAAAGAGCUGUUGUAGGAUAGCAGAAACGCACAAAUCUGUGACGCAGGCAAAGGCUAAAGGGACUCAGUGUGUGAAUGUCAUUUUAUAAAGAAAUAAACAAUUUUAAGCGAAAUAAAA